AUGGAAAGAAACAACGAGGAAUAUAUAAUUAACCAACCAAAUCGUUAUAAUAAUGAAUUACGUAGGCGAAGUGUGCCAGAUUCACCCUUGGCUUAUGCUGGACCUGUAAAUAAGGAGAGAGGUACAGAGAAGUAUACUGACCCAGCUGCUGCUGCAUCUGGCAUCGAAAAAACUGGCGCAUGGUUUAAGGCAGAAUUCCCUGAAGCUACCCUCCACAUUGAAGAGAUAAAUCCAAAUGAAAGUUUAGCACAAGAUGUCUCCAGUACAGCUGUACUCACACCACUCGAUGAUGACCUGGUCGGAAACGUGGAAGAUCCUGGAGAUCGUGGAAACUGGACAGGAAGAUUUGAUUUCCUCAUGUCCCUUUUGGGAUAUUCCGUGGGUCUGGGAAAUGUCUGGAGAUUUCCAUAUUUAGCAUACAGUAAUGGCGGAGGAGCUUUCCUCUUCCCAUUCGUUCUGAUGUUACUAUUAGUGGGAUUACCAAUGAUGUUUAUGGAACUUGCUUUGGGUCAGUUUGCUGCUCUAGGUCCUGCCACUGUGUUUGGUAGAAUGUGCCCAUUAUUACACGGUUUAGGAUAUGGUAUGGUAGCAGUUACCUCCCUUGUUGGUUUGUACUAUACAGUUAUCAUUGCCUGGGCUGUAUUAUACAUGUUUACAUCCUUUACAUCUGAGUUACCAUGGGAACGGUGUCAUAACCCCUGGGCAACACCUAAUUGUUACUCAUUAAAAGAUGCAGGUGAUUGUGCAGCUAGGAAUGGAUCUGUAUAUUAUCAAUCUACCUGUUUUAACUCUUCAUACGCUGAGGAGAAUAACUUAUAUAAUAUAACAGAAUCUCAGAACCAUACUAGUCGAACAGCUCCUGCUCAGGAUUUCUUCGAGCGUCAUAUUCUGGAAAUUUCUGAGGGUAUCCAUGAUAUUGGUGCUUUAAAAUGGCAGAUUGUAUUGUGUUUAUUGUUCGCCUGGUUACUGACAUUUGUAGCUCUAAGCAAGGGAGUUAAGUCUGUUGGGAAGGUUGUGUAUUUUACAGCUCUGUUUCCAUAUUUUGUAUUAACCAUUUUAUUUUUCCGCGGUGUAACAUUACCAGGAGCUAAAGAUGGCAUUAUUUAUUAUCUUACUCCUGAUUUUGAACAACUUAAAAUGGCCAAGACAUGGGUAGCAGCUGCUGUUCAAAUUUUCUUUGCAUUGAGUCCAGCAUGGGGAGGAUUGAUCACUCUAUCUAGCUACAACAAGUUUCACAAUGACUGUUAUAAAGAUGCUCUAAUAGUAUCAAUCAGUAAUAUUAGUACAAGUAUAUUUGCUGGUUUUGUGAUAUUUUCUAUUGUGGGAUAUUUAGCUCAGGAAUUGGGUAUGCCGGUAGAUAAAGUCGUAGAGCAAGGACCUGGUCUAGCAUUUAUUGUAUUCCCUGAUGUAGUAACAAGAUUACCUGUUUCACCACUCUGGUCUUUUCUCUUCUUCUUUAUGUUGAUUACACUGGGUAUGGGUAGUGAGUUUGCGUUGUUAGAAACAGUUAUGACGGCAGUACAAGACACGUAUCCUCAACUACGUAGUAAGAAAGUGUAUGUUGUCAUGAUAGUCAGUAUAUUAGGUUUUGCUGGUGGAUUAAUCAUUUGUUCUCAGGGAGGUAUGUACGUGUUACAAUUGAUGGAUACAUAUGCUGCUAGCUGGUCUGUGUUUUUGAUGGCUAUUUUAGAAUGUGUUCUUAUAGCAUGGAUUUAUGGUGCUGAUAGGUUUUUACAAGAUAUCGAACAGAUGAUUGGUGUGAAAAAUAGACACUGGCACAAUUUCUUUAAAUUGUUUUGGAAAUACCUUACUCCUGGAACUUUAUUGUUUUUGUUGUUUUUUAACUGGAUUCAAUAUUCACCAAUGGAAUAUGCUGGUAAAAAAUAUCCAAUGUGGGCUGAUGGUAUAGGAUGGGCUAUGGCCUUUAUACCUGUAAUACUAGUAGUAGGAAUAGCUAUUAAUCAUAUCCUCAAAGCUGAAGGUAGCUUAUUACAGAGAUUGAAAACCUUAAUAAGACCUUCAGAUAAAUGGGGACCUGCCCAUAAAGUUCCAAAAUUUGAUUUGACAGACCCAGAGGGGCAAAGAAAAAUAUUAACUUCCAAUGCCGCUUUUAGUGCUAGCAGUCCUUUUGAAACUCAAAUAUGA